CAGAGAGGAGGUUUGGGUGAGGAGCUGCAAAGAGCAGCCCUUUUUUCUGAGCUGAGAGCAAGCGGCAAGCGCCAUGGAGGGCUGCUGCACCGUGGCCGUCAGCUUGGAGCUGAGCAGCUUGUUCCCCUCCCUCCUGUGUCUCUCCACCAAGGAGGUUGUGACUAUCUGGGAUGCUGUGUCUGCGUACAUCCUGGGACAGCUGAAGCUGGACAAGGGCGUCCUGCUCCCAGGACUCGGGACCUUCACUAUGGUCCAAGAGCGAUUCCAGGGUGAAGAAGAGGUGUUUAUGGCUCGAAGACCAGUCUUCCAGCUGAACAUGGACAAGGCGUGUCUGCAGGAGCUCACGUUCCCCACAGGGGUUAUCCCUGGUGAGAAGCCAGAGGCCACAUGCCACUUCCCCACUCCGUGUCUAGGGGCAGAGGAUGUCGAGAUCAAGCCGCUGAACUACAGGUGACUAUCACAAGCCACCUCCUUCCCGCGCCACAUGGUGGAGGACUGCAUGCGAGACACCAUACUCCUCUACUCUUUCCAACUGAGGAACAAGCAGCACCUCUCCUUCGCCUUCAAAGACAUUGGCGUUCUCUCCUGCCAAGACGGUGUCCUGUGCA